AUGAAGCCCGUCGUAAGUGCCAUGCAAGCAUGGCAAUGCACUGUCAUCUCCGUCUUCGGCAUUGUCAUCUUGGGAGUUCUCGGCAUUCUGUUCAGCCAGAAUCACCCCGAGCUCGUUGGCGGUGAUGAGGAUCCGAAAGAUGGCAGCGCCGUCGCAGGUACCAUCUUCAUCUCUGUGCUGAUCUACAUCGGUUUCUUCGUUUUCUGCGGUCUGCAAGGCCUACUUCACAUUCGCGAGAACCGACGAGGCGCGAUCGCAUUGUAA